UUUUAUUAAAAAUAGUGAAAACACAAGGUUUUUAGACUUACAAACGCAAAAAAUAUAGCUUAUAAUAUUCAAUAAACAAUUAAUUUGUAUUCAAAAAUUUGUAACAACCUGAUUCCAUCAAGAAAAACGCACAGAAAUGACCGAAGGCUGGAAACAGACUGUUACUAAUGUGUCAGAACAUUUCUUCCCAGGACUAUCGUACUACAAUAAUGACGAAGAUGAUGAAUUCAUAAAGCUGGGUAAUGAAGUAGUAUCCAAUCUUCCACUACAGAUGUCAUUAUAUUUCAAUGUGGUUUUCUUUCCAGUAUGGCUAAUCACGACACUUCUUACUCUCUAUUUGAAGAUUGGCUGCCUCUCAAUGCUGUACCAAAUAAUAGUUUUGGUUGUGGUCACCCUGGCAGUACUAAUCGAGCUAUUUCGACUGUACCUAGGAUAUCGAGGCAACCUUUGUGAAAUGAUCCCCGAGUUGGCCGGUUUCUUUAUGCUUACCGCCAUGCUACAGACGCCAUUGCAACUGUUUCUUCUAGUGGGGGAGGCUCAGGCCACGGAGCAGUACUGCGAGCAAGCGUGCUCGAACGCUGUGUGCAAACAGUGCAG